GGCCGGGCGGCGCGCGAAAGGGACCCGCGGGCCGGGCGGCGGGCAGAAGGCGGCGGGGCGGCCGCCAGGGAGGGCAGCUGGGGGUCGGGCGGGGCGGGGGCCGGGGCCGGGGCCGGGGCAGCAUGAAGUGUCUGGUGGCCGGCGGCAACGUGAAGGUGCUCGGCAAGGCCGUCCACUCGCUGUCCCGCAUCGGCGACGAGCUCUACCUGGAGCCCCUGGACGACGGGCUGACCCUCCGCACCGUGAACUCCUCCCGCUCGGCCUACGCCUGCUUCCUGCUCGCGCCGCUCUUCUUCCAUCAGUACCAGGCGGCCGCCCCCGGCCAGGACCCGCUGCGGUGUAAGAUCCUCAUGAAGUCGUUCCUGUCCGUGUUCCGCUCGCCAGCCAUGCUGGAGAAGACGGUGGAGAAGUGCUGCAUCUCGCUCAGCGCAAGCAGCUGCCGCCUGGUGGUCCAGCUGCACUGCAAGUACGGAGUGAAGAAGACCCACAACCUGGCCUUCCAGGACUGCGAGUCCCUGCAGGCCAUCUUCGACCCGGCCGCCUGCCCCUACGUGCUGCGCGCCCCAGCCAGGGUCCUGGCGGAGGCUGUGCUGCCCUUCCCGCCUACUCUGGCCGAGGUGACGCUGGGCAUCGGCCGGGGCCGCAGGGUCAUCCUGCGCAGCUACCAGGAGGAGGAGGCAGACAAUCCUGCCAAAGCCAUGGUGACAGAGAUGAGCGUAGGGGAGGAGGACUUCCAGCAGCUACAGGCCCAAGAAGGGACAGCCAUCACGUUCUGCCUCAAGGAGUUCCGGGGGCUCCUGAACUUUGCAGAACCAGCCAACCUGUCACUAAGCAUUCACUUCGAUGCCCCAGGCAGGCCAGCCAUCUUUGCCAUCACAGACUCCCUGCUGGACGGCCACUUUGUCCUGGCCACGCUCUCAGAGAUGGACCCACACGGCCAGGACCCGGGCUGCCCUGAGCUCCAGAGGCCAGUGCCUCAGCUGCAGGCCCACAGCACCCCCCUCCUGGAUGACUUUGCGGGUGAUGACAUGGAUUCCUACAUGAUCGCCAUGGAAACCACCACCUUGGGCAGUAGCAGGGAGGGCCCACGGGUGCUGCCCUCGCGCUCCCCUUCCCCGCGGGCCCCCUCCGAGGACGACGAAGCCGAGUCCACGGUGCCUGGGACUCCCCCACCCAAGAAGUUCCGCUCGCUCUUCUUUGGCUCCGUCCUGGACCCUGCACACUCCCCCCAGGGCCCUAGCCCGGUGCUGGCCGAAGACAGCGAGGGCGAAGGCUGAAAGCCGGCCGCUGCCCACAGGACUCGGGGCCGUGGGGAGCCGGCACCUCUGGCCCCAGGCAGGACUGGAGGUGAUGGCAAGUGGGGCCGCAGGUGAGCUGGCUGGUGGUGCCCAGGUCCUGCACACACACCCACCCCCCCCACGACAAAUCAUGGUCAGAGGAGUGAGCUUCCAAGCCACCUCCUGCAGAAACCAAUCAAUGUCACCCCCUUCCCUGCUAAUCAUGACCUGUCUUCCUGGGCAUACCUCCAGGGGCCCCCUGCACCAGUGUGAGUGUGGCCAGUGGGGGGGUCUGUACCCAGACCUGCCCCACAGCCCCCAAAGAAGGGCCAGGGCCCAUGUUCCUGAAAGGGGAGACCAGCCGUGAAGAAUCCAGCUUUGACCUUUAUUCAGAGACCAGAUGGGUCGCCCCAGGGUUUGGCAACCAUCCCUGAGGCCCAGCAAGGCUGGGGACCCUGAUCUGGCCCUGCUUUGCCCUGAGCUGUAGUCUGGGGCCUCAGAGUCCCACUCAUGGCCAUGGCCGCAAGCGGGGGACGCCCCAGGACACUGGACGCUGCUGUUGAUUCAUUGAAAAGGAAAGACACCAAG